UGCUGGGAGUGCUCUAACCCUACCUAUCGGCUAUUCUCGAAGGCCCUAAUUUCAGUUCACAGAAUAAAACUACAGAAUAGAAGAAGAACGACCCUAUCUCCUAAUUUCAGUUCACAGCCGCCACGCGCAGUCGCCGGCAGCCUUCGUCGCGCCUCCGCCCGACGCCAGCAGCUUCGCCUCGCUGCGCCUCCUUCCCACCGCGACGCGCAUCCAGUCGUUUCGCGCCUCCGCGCGACCUCGCCGCUCCUCCGCCUUCGCCGCUAGUCAGCAUCCUUCCGGCCAACACCUCCGUUCGAUUCUCCGCAGCAGCAGGGCAUUGGAUGGCAGUCAUUCCUUGUGGAAGUAUGCAGAUUGCGCCGUCGGGAGUUCAGCCCCAGUUCGUUUUCAGAUCUUCUGCUGUGAAUAGAGCGUUGGCGUCUACUCAUUGUUUGUCCAAAAAGGUCGCAUCGCUAAGUUCAACAAUUUUCUCUCAUAAACCCUUGGGUGAACUUUUCGGUUCGGCAUCAUAUGUCAAACCAUACCAGAGAGGUGCCCGCCUUGUUGUUCGAGCUGAACGAGAUUACUAUUCUAUCCUUGGUGUCUCUAAAAGCGCAAACAAGUCUGAGAUCAAAAGUGCUUACCGAAAGCUUGCUCGGAACUAUCAUCCAGAUGUGAACAAAGAACCUGGAGCGGAAGAAAAGUUUAAGGAGAUUAGUAAUGCUUACGAGGUUUUAUCAGAUGAUGAGAAACGUUCCAUCUAUGACAAGUAUGGUGAGGCCGGGCUUAAAGGUGCCGGCAUGGGUAUGGGGGAUUUCAACAAUCCAUUUGAUAUAUUCGAGUCGUUAUUUGAAGGCAUGGGUGGCAUGGGCGGUAUGGGCAUGGGAGGAAGGGGAUCCCGCAGCCGAGCCACCGAAGGCGAAGACCAGGUCUACAAUUUGAUCCUCAACUUCAAAGAUGCAGUGUUUGGCAUCGAGAAGGAGAUCGAAAUAACUCGUCUCGAGAGUUGCAGCACCUGCGAUGGUUCCGGGGCAAAACCGGGAACAAGUGCGUCUAAGUGCACCACGUGCGGAGGUCAAGGGCAAGUGGUAGCAUCCACAAGGACGCCACUGGGUGUCUUUCAACAAGUCAUGACUUGUUCGACAUGCGGUGGAGACGGAGAGAUAUCGACUCCUUGCAACACAUGCGGUGGUGAAGGCCGAGUUAGGAAGUCGAAGCGUAUCAGCUUGAAAGUUCCGGCUGGGGUGGACUCCGGAAGCCGUUUGAGGGUGCGCAACGAGGGAAAUGCCGGUCGUAGAGGGGGCCCUCCCGGAGAUCUUUUCGUCACCAUUGACGUCCUCCCCGACCCUGUCCUGAGAAGGGAUGACACCAAUAUUCUUUAUACGUGCAAGGUUUCUUACAUAGACGCCAUCUUAGGGACGACGACAAAGGUACCGACGGUCGAUGGAAUGGUCGACCUCAAAAUUCCGUCGGGCACGCAACCAGGGACGACCUUAGUCAUGGCGAAGAAAGGUGUUCCGCUUCUUAACAAGAGGAACAUGAGGGGUGACCAGCUCGUUAAAGUUCAAGUCGAGAUCCCAAAACGACUCAGCGGCGAUGAGAGGAAGCUCAUUGAGCAACUCGCCAGCUUAAAGAAGGAGAAGGCUCCUAGUGUGAGGUAAAUUAUAGUAUAUGUUUAUCAUACAUUUUAGUAAUAGAUGUUGUAUUUGUAGAAUUAUAGAUAUUUAUAAUCCACAUUGCUACCUCAGUGAAUCUACAUGAGCGCUCAAGAAUGCUUGAAAUUUUGGGGUUAUUUUUGGUGUGAUAAACUGCAAACACAAAUGAGAAUUAUUGGGGCAUAUUUUUUUUGUUGUGCUGUUGGAAUAAUGUAAUUCCUACUUUGGAUCUCUCUUAUUUGCCUAAAAAAAACUCUCAUUUCCUUUUA